AUGACAAGCCAAGUAGACUUUAAAUCUGACAAGCUGUCCAUUGAAGAAGCUGUAGCUGGCUUAGCUGGCUAUUCGUUUGAUAUUCACGAUCUAUUUACCGAUAUUGAUGUGACAGAUGCUCAGUGUAGUGUUGAAACAUAUGAGUCCCAACAACAUGUAAAUUUACUGAACACAGACGAUUUAAUCGCAACUAACCUUAUUCAAAAGGAUAAUCUUAAACAUCAAAUUCAAGAAACAGGUACACCUCAAAAUUUGAUAAUUAGUAAAAAUUCUAAGCAUGAAAUAACACGAUCAAUUCCAUUAUCUCAAUCAGUUGGAAUUAUGCCACUUUCAUCAGAUCAAUUACAAAUUCUUUACCAAUUAGAAGAAAUGUAUCGACCACGAUAUAAAAGUGAUUAUUUUCCGGAAAAUGGCAAAGUUAGAAAACCACGCUACGUAGCUGAUAGAUACGGAAACCAUUUUAUUUCGUUAAAAAUUCCCUGCAUUAAUUUUUCAAAUAAUCGUGAAAAAUAUAUUCGAGUAGAUUGGGUUACGGUCCCAAUAAAUGGUCAAAGAUAUCAAAUGCCUUAUCAAUUUCAAACGGAAAAUGAUAAACAUGAUGUUCCAGAUGAAAAUCCAACGUAUAUACUGGUCAAUGAAGAUAAGAUGGAUGAUAAUAUAAUGAAAUUAUACUUGGUAUUGAUAAAAUCCAAACAAGAUAUGUUGAAAAAUCAGCAGCCAUUGAAAUUUUUUAAUGCAUCAAUAUACGAAACAGAAACACACAGUUUGACACAAUUGUUCCCUCCAAAAUUAUUAAUAAAUCGAUUUCAAUUAGAAAAAUCUCAAUUAGCAUUUACUUUAUGCACAAAAAAUGAUAAUGGUACAAUGAGACCAUAUUGGAAUUCUAUUGUAUUCUCCAAUGUUAUGACUGAAGGUAUACCCCAUUCGGACCAAAAAAUGGCUGAUAAUCAAAAUGAGAUUCAGUGUCCAUCUUGCUUCCAGAAUUUUAAUACGAGUUUAACCGCUGAUUAUUCUAGUCCGCCUACUACACCUGCAACUAAACGCAAGAGGGAGGAUAGUGUAAAUUACAAUUCAACUAAAAAUUGA